CGUUAUUAAUAGUACUGGGUCUUCUAUGUUACCGCUGGUUCUCUAGUUUAUAGCUUCUACAAUUGUUUCUUCUCUUUCUGCGGGUGAAACAUUUGCCACUGAGAUCCAAAUUCUAGUGGUCUUCAGUUGUGGGAAUAUUAAGCUGCACUCUGCUUCUUUUCAGUUAGUAAGGGACAACAUCAGGGCUUUGUUUUGUUGAAUUGAACCCUUGGAAGAAUGCUCUUCAGGAGUUUACAUUCUUGCAAACUCCAGUCUCUGAGUCUCAGGUGCUUCUCAUCUGCAGCUCCUUUUGUACUUAAGCCUGGGGAUGUAUUGAGAAAAGAAAGACUUUUUACCGAGGAAGAUGUCCUUCAGUACUCCAAGGUUAGUCAUGAUUCUAACCCUUUGCAUACUGAUUCUGCUGCUGCCCGAAAUGUUGGAUUUGAAGGUCCACUGGUACAUGGGAUGCUCGUUGCUUCUCUCAUUCCUCAUAUAAUCUCAUCACAUUUUCCUGGAGCUGUGUAUGUAUCUCAAAGCUUGAAUUUUAAGUUCCCCGUCUAUAUUGGAGAUGAGAUAAUUGGUGAAGUACAAGCAACUAAUCUGAGAGAAAAUAAAAAUCGAUAUCUUGCAAAGUUUAAGACAAGGUGCUUUAAGAAUGGUGAGUUGCUUGUCAUUGAAGGUGAGGCUGUGGCUAUGCUACCAACCCUGACUGUAGAACAGGGGCAGUAUAAGGAGCAGUAGAAGCGAUUAUCAAUUCUUGACUGUUAAUUAUGAAUUCCUUUAAAAGGAGAACUUAGACAUACCGGUAAUCUGUUUGUGAUUUUGUGUUGAAAUGGAGACUCAUAGCCACUGGAGGUUGAACUUGUGAUCUCCCACCCCGGACGAAAAAGAAAAACAAAAGGCACAAAAAGUUUCUGGCUAUCUUUCUGAUUCUUAUGCAAUUUACUCAUGCAUGAUUGUUUGGUGUUUGAGUUUUGGUCAUG